UUAGUCGUGGUCACACGCCGCCAUGUUGUUCCUGUAGCCGWGAACACAACUGGAGGAAAAAACACUGCAGAAGUUUACUAUCGAAUCUUCUUCUGAGAGAGAGCUAUUUUGAGGGGCUCCUGUAUUGACGGUAGUGAGUGCUCGUUCUCUUUCCGCCCGAUUAUGACAACUGUGGCCGCCUUGGCAGGACUUGGCUCAGGAGCUACUAAGCGGACCUCAGACGAUUUACUUGCAAAUAUGGCUGGAAUAUCUAAUGACCAAAAAAAGCCAAGACUUGAUAAUYUAAGUACUCCUUCUAAAGUACUACACUUGCGCCAAGUUGUUGAGGAUGCUGUUGAUGCAGAAAUCAUAGCAUUGGGAAUUCCAUUUGGAAAAGUCACCAAUGUACUAAUUCUAAAAAAUAAAGGCCAAGCAUUUCUAGAGAUGGAGAAUGAAUCCAAAGCUAUUGCACUUAUGAAYUACUACGCCUAUAGGCCUCCUAUAGUAAGAGGACAUGAAGUUAUCAUACAGUACUCCAAUCACAGAGAACUAACAACAAACGAAAGACAACAUGCACCAGGGACAUCUCAUAUAUUAGCGGCAGCAGGGUCAGCUGACGUGGUAGCAGCAGCCAGUAGUGCAUUGUCUGGACUAAGUGCUGGUCAACUAGAGGCUGGUGCUAUGACCACCUCUCUUCCAGAUGCUAGUGUACCUGGAUGUAUUCUAAGGAUUGUUAUUGAAAGGAUGUUAUACAAUAUUAGCCUGGAUACGUUACACCAGGUUUUCUCAAAAUAUGGAACAGUCCUCAAAAUUGUCACUUUUGUAAAGAACAACCAGUUUCAAGCUCUAGUACAAUAUUCACAAUCCAGCGAGGCGUUGGCUGGAAAAAUUCAUCUUGAUGGUCAGAACAUCUACAAUGGAUGCUGCACAUUAAGAAUAGAAUUCUCUAAGCUUAGUAACUUGAACAUCAAGUACAAUAACGACAGAAGCAGAGAUUAUACACGCCCUGAAUUAAGUACAGGUGAACUCGAUAGUGGUCUGUCACUSUCAGGAUUAGGCAAUUCACCAGGAGUGCUUGGUAGCCCAGCAGCUCUUCUUGGCUUACCCUUAGGACUACCAUUAGCAAAUUUGGCAAUGGCUGGUAUGGGGCAGAAGUAUCAAGGGGGAAGUCCACUAGUUCUUGUCAGUAAUCUUAAUGAAGAGAUGAUUAGCUGUGAUGCACUUUUUACUUUGUUUGGUUGCUAUGGUGAUGUGCAGCGAGUAAAGAUUCUCUUCAACAAGAAAGAUACUGCGUUAGUACAGUUUUCAAAUGCACAACAGGCACAGACUGCUAUUGCMCACCUCAAUGGUGUACGUGUGUUUGACAAAGAUAUCAAAGUCACAAUGUCCAAGCAUUCGUCUGUCUCACUCCCAAAAGAAGGAGAGGACAACAACCUGACCAAGGAUUACAAUAACUCGCCUCUUCAUCGAUUCAAAAAACCAGGCUCCAAGAACUUUCAGAAUAUCUUUCCACCAAGCAAAAUGCUUCAUCUAUCAAACAUACCCGAGGGAGUAACAGAGGAAGAUCUUACCUCACUAUUCAGAGAAGCAGGAGAGGUUAUCGACUUCAGAUUUCUACCGAAAGACAGAAAAAUGGCUCACUUAUCAAUGUCAUCAACUGAAGAAGCAAUUUCAGCUCUCAUAAGCAUGCACAACUACAAAAUUAGCGAGACACAUCACUUAAGAGUGUCAUUUGCAAGGUCAUCCAAUUAAAUGGCAUUCAAUUGUUUUGUAGUAUAAUAGGCCAUUAAUGUAGCAAUGCAAUCAUAUUCUCCUAACACUAUCAUUAUCUUGAAAAGUUCCCAGGUACACUUGUUUACAAUCAUAAUUUACCCAAUGUAUAUAUAAAUACAGUCUGAAACUGCUACAUUUUUUUAUAAUUACACCUCUAGGCGAGUAUAUUACGAGCUGAUYGGCCAUGAGGGCAAAGAUUGCAGUUUGUAGACCAAGAGGUCUAAUUGUUUUGGUAUUACCAUACUAAUAGGACAAAAAAAUGAAUGAAAUAUAUUUAAAUAU